AAAAUUGGACCCAAGGUAUAAUGGUUCUUGAUGCCUCAUAUCCAAGAACGAGCUGUCAGAGUGAACCACUAGAAAGGCACUGAUGAUGAAUGUGAGCUUAUCCUUUCCUCAGCCAUCAACAUUUCAUCCCUCCUUCUCCAGAAGCACAACACAAUUGCUGCACUCUUCUCUCUCAUUUCAUUCUCUUCAGAAACGCCGCCGUUUUGUCACUUGUGCUUCCUCCUCAGAGCUUCCACUUCUUCCUUUCCCUAUUGACCAGGUAUUAGUUCCUUCAGAGACAAAGACACUACAUUUGUAUGAAGCAAGAUACUUGGCACUCUUAGAGCAGUGUCUUUUCAAGAAGAAGAAGUUGUUUGUGCACUUUGUUCUAGAUCCUAUAGCCAUCAAUGAUACAUCAGGAGAAGUCUUUGCUCCCAGAUACCGUUGCUUGGUCGCAAUAGAGAAAGUUGAGCAAUUAGAGAUUGGUGCAUUGGUCUCUAUUAGGGGUAUAGGCCGUGUAAAAAUUCUGAAAUUUGAACAAGCAGAACCGUACUUGACAGGUGCAGUCAUACCAUUGCUGGACAACAUCCCACACAGCGAUGCAGAACUUAGUUCCAAAGUUUUGGAGAUGAAAGAAGCUCUCUGUAGUUUGAAUAGCUUGGAAAUAAAGCUGAAGGCUCCUCAGGAAGCUUUAUUGCAAACUUUAACUGCAAACUCUUUGAGAUGGUCUGAGAAGACACCUGUUCUGGAUUGUGACAACAGCUUCAUUCCACCCUUUGCUGAGCUCGUAUCCUUUGCAGCACUUCAACCUGUUUCUGGGUCGUCUGAGUCAGAAUUGCUGAAGCUGCAAAAAAAGAAGUUGAGAGCAAUGAACGUCAAGGAUACCUUAGAGAGACUUGAAGAUUCCAUAGGGUAUGUGCAAGAAAAUAUUUCAUUGGUAGCAGCCAAGCUUGCAAUUCAAUCUUUAGAUUCCCUGUUAUGAACGAAUUGCUGAACAGAUUCCUAUCUGGAACAUGAAAGCUUGCAUGAAAUGCUGAACUAGGUUCCUGUUAGCACACUAAAUUUGGUUGAACGAAGAGAUGCUGUAUAGAAAUCAUGACAUGGUCGCUUGUAUAUUUGUUUGGCAAAAGACCGUGUAUAUAUUUGUUGAGAAAGGAUGCUCAAGGGAGAUGAAGAAAUGUUUGUCAAUAGAGGUUACAGCUCAGUCUAUGCAUCUUCUAGUUGAAAGAAGAGCCUCAACAGUUUCAUCAAGAAAACAAGGACAGUAUUAGGAUUCCUAAUAUUAUUCGUCCACUGUGUAUCAGCAAGUCUUUGGCAUUUCAAGGAACAGAUAGUAUGUAAUAUUCACAAGGGAAUAAUGUAUUUAAUCUACUUGGUUUAUUCAGCAAAGUGCUGGUGUAUUACAAUGAUAUGUAUUUAUACCAUGGAUUUGCUUAUUUGAAUAUGGCUUUGAAGAA